AAAAAGUUCAGUAAUAGACUUUCCUCAAAAAGGCCCCUCGCCUUACGGAGAAAUGUUGCUUAUGUUUAUCAAGAAGCUCUAAGCUUUCUAGAAUAUAAAUAUAACAGUAGGUCGACUUUUCAAGGCACUUAUUCGAUCAUUUUACGUGCUUUGAUCAAGUAAAUUUGCUAUAAUCAAGAUGCGCUUCUCCAUCCUAGCUUUCGCUGUCGCCGUUCUUGGGCAGGAUGUCCAGCCUUUGGACACUUGGACGCUCUAUAACAGCACUAUUACAUGCGACCUUAAAACCUGUCAGUAUAGCUUCUUCACGCACAAACACGGAUCAGGAGAGACAGUUCAGUGUUACCUCAAUAUGAGAGGAACUCCCAGCUCGACGACUCUCUUCGUCGACCAGAUCUGUCAGCCGGAUCCCCUUCACACACUUACUCUGAGUUGGGCACCCGACCAUUCAGUUAUACUAUGCAUCGCAGACAUCCAUGAACGCGCGAACGCUUUCUAUAGUCUCGAGAGAUGGGAAGUUGCCGAUAACAGGAUCGCCCCGAACAAGACGGAAUUCGCGUGGCGGGCUGGCGAGGUUCCGCUUCCAAGCACUACCUUCACACGCCCAGCCCCGACAUUGCAGGAGUAA